AUGCCAGAGGAGCGCAAAAGCUUGCUGGACCGCAUACGGCACUUUACUCCAUCGUGGUUUGCUGUGACGAUGGGAACUGGGGUGGUUGGGAUACUGAUCUACAAUUUGCCCUACGGCAAUGAUAAAGCACGCCAUCUGGUCUCGCUUGCAUUCCUCAUUCUCAAUUCGGUGCUCUUUGCCGCAUUCACCCUUAUUUCGGCACUCCGUUACAUAAUAUUCCCAGGCAUUUGGUCACUCAUGAUCCGUGAGCCAACGCAGAGUCUCUUUCUGAGCUGCUUCCCUAUGUCACUAUCAACUGUCAUCAGCGCGAGUAUUUCGCUGUCAUUGCACCGAGACAUCCCUGGCCUCAUCCCUUUCCUGUGGAUUCUUUGGUGGAUCAAUGUCAUGCUCUCCAUGCUGAGUGGGAUCGGCCUCCCUUAUUUGAUGAUCACCCGACACAAGCUACAGUGGGAGCAUCACAAUGCCACUUGGCUGCUUCCUGUUGUCCCUAAUAUCGUCUGUGCUUCGUGCGGAGGUGUUUUUACCAACGCCCUGAUCGAUAGCGAUCCAUAUAAAGCAAAGCUCACUGUAGCUACGUCUCUUAUGAUCCUCGCCAUGGGACUGUGCACGUCAAUCAUGAUUGCUACAACCUAUGUCUUUCGACUCUUUGCACAUGGUUUUCCCUCAGCCGGCCUAGUCGUUUCGUUGUUGAUUCCCCUUGGGCCCUGCGGACAAGGUGGAUACGCGCUGCUGUUGCUUAGUAAUCACCUUGCGACUCUGAGUUCGAGCCUGGGUAUCGAUGGCGCAUUCUAUGGAAAGGUUUUUAUUGUACUAGGGGCCAGCGGUGCAUUGACGUUAUGGUCAAUCGGGCUGUGGUUUGGAAUCAUCGCGACAAUCGGUUUGGUCGAAGCCGCGAUUCGAUAUAGAAUUCCAUUUAGAAUCAAUUACUGGGGAACCAUCUUCCCAACUGGCGUUUAUUCGUUGCUUACCAUGCAGCUGGGACACAAUUUGGACGUCAGUUUUUUCCGUAUAAUUGGUACGAUUUUCUCUACCAUCACUGGCCUCCUUUGGCUUGGAAUCGCUAUCAAGACGUGCUAUCACACCUUUGAAGGUAGUAUCUUCCACGCACCAUGCUUGGACGACACGCCCAAUACGCGACCGUGGAGAAAGCAUUCACCAGAAGACACUCAGGUUGAAUUAACGCAGGUCAAUGGCGGGCAGCAGCUAUAG